ACAACGUCAAUACUUUUCUGUCACUGUCAAAAACAUACGUUCAAUUUCGUCAACACUGAAAUUAAUUUUCAAGUUUGUUAAAUAUUUCAGUGUAAUAUGGUAUACAAAUCAUCGUUAUCCAUUUGAAUAGUUUAUUAGUAAUCAAAUAGUUUCACAAUGGAAGAAAACAAGUCCAUUUUACAUGAAUUAUACGUGUUUUCUGAAUGGAAACCAGAACCCGAAUACAUCCAAAAACCGGAUAAUAUUCUUCCGGAAAAUAUAUCAGCUCUCUGGCGAUGGUUGAAGUUUUUCGGACCUAAAAAGAGCCUUAUUGACAGCAUUGCAGCAUGCAAGGAAAGACAGCAGAAGUGGCACAUAGCGCUCGGGGACGAAGGCAAGGUGAUUGCGGUCCUGACUGAUAAUAUUCUGGAGAUUAGAACAAAGCGCUCCGAGUAUGCCACAAUAGCAGCUCGGACUACAGUGUCCCGAGAUGCGUAUCCUCAAUGGCGCAAGUUGGUGUGGAGUCCAGACUGCUCAUUCCUGGCCAUGGCUUAUGGAAACGGUGUGGUCAGCUUCUUUGAUCUGACUGCAUCCAACCUCUUCAACAUACCAGCAGAUUGUACAAGACCAGGAGGGCUGGAGUGCACUGACAACACCCAUGCGGUGGCCGACAUCAUUUUCAUGCCACUUAGGGUGAAGGAUAACAAAUGGAAUUGGGAGGUCCUGGUGGUGACAUACGACGGUCGCAUCCGCGGUUUCCUGAUCUCCGUGGAGGGCUGUGAGCUACACCACUCCUUCAGCUUCCCCGGAGGCGCCGGCACUGUCGUCCACUGCUCCACGCACGCCACGCUGCUGGUCGCCGGUCUGCCGAGGGCUGCAGUCAAGGACCCCUCCUCACCGCUGAGCGCUGGCAUCACCGCCUGGCGCAUACUGAACGAAGCGCCCUGGUACAAGCUUUCUGUAGUAUCCGACCAGCUGGAGACACAGCUAGCCAACCAGGGCUUCCAGUUCUAUGUACCGUUCGUGUCUGCUAAAAAUUUGGCCUUCAUAGUCCAAAUGGUGGUCUCCCCGCACAACUCCAAGCUGGUCUGCCUGCACUGCAACGGCGACAUCACAGUGUGGCGUCUCCCGCUCCUCAAGCUGCUGCACCGGUACCCGCUGGCUGCGCAGCCCCAGUGCGACCUCCAGAACCCGCUCGUGAAGCAGGAGAGUGAUGCCUUAUCGCACCACGCGGGUGACGUCAGCUGGUGGAGCGACGAGGAAGUGAUUCUGUCUCGGUUCAGCGGAGCGGUGUCCGUGUGCAGCGUAGAGGACAUGGUCAACAUCCUCGGCAAGAAGCCCGAGUUCUUCCAGGGGGCCCCGCGGGUGACAAUGGCGCACGCCGGAACAUUCAUGGUGCUGGAGUGCGAAUCCAACGUGCUGCCGUCCAAGAGGGCCCGCAGCGACGACAGUCUGGAAAUGGUACAAAUAGAACCGGACACGGAAGACACGAUGCUAGAUCUGACUCGUGAACUCUUCAAAUCCAUCAUGUUCGCUAUAACGGACAUGGAAACUUUCCAACCUCGUCCAAGAAGGGUCACAGUAGUAGCGCGCGUGUAUAGACUACUUGGAGUUAGAAGCACUACACCGCAGGAGCUGUUUUCUAGAAAGAUCGAGAGCGGCAACUACACUGAAGCCCUGGCCUUGGCGGAGGAGUUUGGGCUUGACAGUGACCUAGUGUACCAGCAGCAGUGGCGCAAGACUACAGUCUCCACCGACGCUAUACAGAAGUACCUGAGUAAAGUGUCGAAGAAGAUCUGGGCGGUGCACCAGUGCGUGGACCGGCUGCCGGAGACGCUGCCCGCGGCCCGGGAGCUGCUGCACUUCGGCCUCCAGUUGACCAACGAGGAGAUACUCUAUGAAAUAAAUAAAGACAAAGAGGAGAAGAUUGAAGACCCGGAUCUGAUAGAGCUAUCAGACCUGAACGCGUACACCAGCGAACUGCUCCGCUGCCGCCAUGUGAUGCUGUUCUACAGGCAGCGCGUCUCGCUCUAUGAGGCAAUACUCCGCUGCGAGAAAUCCACCUACGUAAAGGACGAGUACGACCGCCUCCGCGCCAACAGCCUCGUCCACAGCUCCAUAGAGCUCGCCAAAGAGGGCCGCAUAGAGGCGCUCACUUGUCUCUGGCCGCACAUCAAAACUGUGCCCAUGCAGCUGGCGGUGCUGGAGAGCUUGCCGGAGACCAUCAACCCGAUGGACUACCAGCACCUGUUGCCGGGGGAGAGGAGGUCGGAGUGGAUGGAGAGGAGCCCGGUGAAGGUGGAGGAGUAUGAGAGUGAUUGGUGCAGGAAGGAGAUCUUUAGAUCAAUUUGGAGCUCGAACUGGUCUGAAGACAGCUCACCGGACUCCGAGACGGCUGCUGCUAACGACGAUAUAUCCCAGUGGUACGAUAAACGGGCGCGAGAGAUCGAAGCCAAGAGCGGCCUCGCGUCCCACGCGCUCACUCUCGCCACCAUCGCGGCCGAGGCCGGCGGCGUGCCAGGCCUCGACACCCUCAUCUUCCACCUCCUGACCCUGGACGUACUGCUGUACGACCUGAACGUGGAGGGGGUGACGCUGGAACAGCUGGAGAAGCUCAGCGCGCUUGAGACCUGCGGACUGCUCAUGAAGAUGUCGACGCCGAAAACGUUCGUGGCGGACCUGAAGCAGUUCGUGAUCCCGUUCCUGAAGCGAUACGAGACGCUGACGAAGCGCGCCGACUGCGUGGUUCAAGGACUCAUGGACUAUUUGGAGAGCGUCAGUGUGGACGAUCUAUCCUCAAUUUUGCUGGUGCUACAAUCUCCGAACGAGUUCGAGCUGGACGUCCGCACGCAUCUGGAUCUGGCAGAGAAGUGCCUGUACGCGUACAACGGGACGGAACAACUGGACAAGGCGUGCGACCUACUUGACACUAUAUUAAAGGAGACCGAUGGCAGCAUCUCUGAAAGCGAGCUGAUUCGGCGAUGCGCCGAACUAGAGAAGCUAGUGGCCGCUAGCAGCCUGAUCAACUGGAGGGGGGUGCGGGUCACCGUUCAAGAGUUGAAGGAAAUGCCGCGGGACAAGGAGAGGGCGAGGAUGCUUCUCGCCAGAGUGGCCAGAGACAAAAACCGCGAAGAGAAAUGGACGCAGCAGGAGUGGGAGAAGCUUCUGAAAGACUUGCUGGAGUUGCAGUCGACUUUACUCAACUGUGUCACCAAAGAAGAGGUUUAUGAGAUCUACGCGUCGUCCCUCCUGACGUCGGGCGACGAGGCGAGCAUCAAGCUGGCGGCGACCGUGCUGUCGUGCGGCGGCGCCGCGCCCGCGCGCCUCGUGCCGCCCGCGCGCGCCGCGCGGCUGGCGGCGGCCUGCGCCCGCGAGUACUUCAACUCCAGCGGCGAGCUGCGCGAGCCGGCGCUGCAGCGGGCCAAAUGCGCUUUGUCCCUGAUCCAAGACGAAAACGAAGAGAUACAGAAGGAAUUAGAUCUCAUCGCUUCGCUGGAAAUACUGAGCGCUUUCAACUUGGACAUACUUCCCAUUCAAGUUCGCCUGUGCGAAGAUAGACUGACGCUGAUCGAGAAGUGUCUGCAGUCGGACCCGAACGCUUACAUGGCGAGCAGCAAACUGUUGAAGCUCGCCAAGCUACUGCGAGUCGCUGGUGACGACGACCAAGCCAGGGAAGGCCUCGUCCUGCAACUAGUAGCCCGGGCGGCCAUCUCUUGCGGCUUGGGCGGGCUGGCGGCGGCCGCGGGCGCCGCGCGCCGCCUCGCCGCGCUGCGCUGCGCCCCGGCCGCUCCGCUGUUAGCUCAUGUAGCGAAGAAUGCUCACGCCCACGCCGACACUAACGCCAGGAGGGACUUGUAUGCCGCCGCCGCUACCUACGCCGACCCGAAGGCUAUUGAAGAGAUCCUGAGAGAUAGACUGUCGCUUGAGCUGGAGGGUCUGCAGCAGACGGCGGCGGCGGCGCGCGAGCACGCGAGCCUCGCGGAGCGCUGGCCCUCUACUGACGACGAGUUUGCUGACGCCAUCACCACGCCCGUGAUCGAGAAAAAGGACCUGGUGGCUCCGGUUGAGAAAAAGGUGCCCCUGUUCAACUAUCUGCUGGACACAUUCCAAAACAAGUUCUCCGGGGGCGACACAAGGCCUCAACCAACCGACGCAUCCGACCACUCCAUCUACUGCCAAGAGUUCUACCGCACCCUCUACCCCGAGCACAAGACGUCAGACAGCUACUACAACUACACCACGUUCAGCGCCCCCAACCCGCACGAGCAGGGCGUGGCCCAGGCCGUGCUCAAGUGGUACUACGUGCAGAACUGUCUGGACAACUGCACACCCCAACUAGAAGGCGAAGUGGUGCAGAAAGUAGCGGAGGAGCUCCUGAACAAGGACACAGCCUUGAGCGUGGCGUGCCUGCUGCGCGCGGCGCGCGACGCCCGCCUGUGGCAGCGCCGCCACGGCCGCGCCGCCCUCAGCGCCGCCCUGUACGCCAACGUGCUGGAGUGCUCCGCGCCUGAACUCAGGGACAAUGUGUACCUCACCAAACCGAAGCAGCUAGCCCGAAUGACUCUCGAAGGCCAGACCGCGUCUGACGAGCAAAUGGAAGUGAUCCGCCGUUGCCUCGCCAAGCUGAGCGGCUGCGGGGAAGUGGACCAGAUCAAGGCACUAGGUGUCAAUGUCAAUGGAUUACUGUUCUCGGCCGACCCUGACUACCGGCAGGAGAUCGUCUAUAGACUAGCCAGAUCGCCAAACCCCGAGCACCUAGAACUAGCAUGUUCCCUGGCUUCAAAAUACGACAUGGACGCCUUAGAAGUGUGGCUGCAGCACGCAGAAAGCGACCCUACUCUCUCGAGCUUAAUGUCCAGUUUACCUUGCAGCGACGCUACCACUCAUACUCGCAUCCGCGAAGGCCUCUGGCCGAAGAUCAGCGGCUCCAACCACCACGCGCUGAUCAACUUCUUCACCAUCCUGAAGGGUGUCGACGAGAAACCUCCGCUGUGGGGCCUCACGGCAGCCGAACACAUCAAGCUUCUGAAGAAAGUCAAGGCUGCUUCCAACGAGUUGGACUACAAGAUCCUCUUAGAGCCCGCCUCCGAAGCCGAGUUCACCUCACACAUACUAUCCGUGAUGCGGCCCGAGACCGCCGGCAUGGUCACCAAGCUGCUGCGGACGCUGCCUCCGGCGUUCCACCUGCCUCUGCCGGUGCACACGCUCUACACCAUGUGGCUCACUAACUACUUCUUCAGUGAGGCAAGCAACGGGUCGUCGAGCAACAAGAAAUGGAUGCAGCGCUACCGCCAGUGCGCCAGCUACUUCAACAAGCUCGCCAAGAAGGAGCUGCUGCGGUUCCUGGCCGACACCUGCUUCAGCGAGCAGGCUCUACAGAGGGUGCCAGCAGGCACGCGCGGGCUGAUGCUGAUGCAGGCCGUGGACUACUGCCAGCAGGAGCAGGGGAACGACUUCAAGGUCACCAAGGACGAGAUGUCGUGGACGCAGGUGGGGCAGGAGCUGACCCGCUGGGCGCGCUUCCUCGAGAACUACCACUCGGACACCAUCCAGGGCAUCAUAGACCACAGCGGCGUGCCCCGCGACCAGAUAUGGCCGGAGAUAGAGCAAAGCCACGGCGACCCAACAACGCUAGUCCCACUGGUGGGCCGCCUGGUGCUGGCCGGGCUGGGCUCGGCGCCGCUCGGCACGGUGCUGCAGUGUCUGCACAUAGCCACCGACGCGGCCGCCGUGCUGCGACAUCUGGCGGACACCAGUGGACACAGUGAAGUACCGACCCUAGUGACGCGCAUAAUCCAAUACCACAAAGAAGGCAUCAAGCUCCCCGACGACCUCAUCGAGACCGUCAUGCAGCAGGCCACCGCGGCCGGCCUCCCGCCGCACAGGCAGAUCGGCCUCCUGGCCCUCAGCGACAAGGGGCAGAUGGAAGACUCGGGGGACCUGGCUAAAGUGGCCCAGUAUACCGUGGACUUGAUAAAGACGGAGUUCAGUAAUGAGGAGUACGCUCAGGAGUUGACGGAGGAAAUGCUGAUGACGGACGAGGGCCGACGAGAGGCGUUCAACCAACUAUUAGAGCUGGCGGAGACCUUCGCUCGCAGGAAGGCGCUCGUGGACGUGGUCAACUGCUGGCCUCCUAGCAGAGAUAGCGAGUCCCGCAGCAUCCAGUUCCUGUACUGCCAGAAUCUACUGUCCGACUGCGAGCAGCACGAGUCACGGGUGGUCAUCAAACUGCUGCUGCGGCGGCCGCAACUCACUCAACAGGAAGUAAAAUGGCUGACCUCGGACGUGUCGGGCACGUCGAUCGUGAGCGCCCUCUGGGUGGUGCUGCUGGCCAAGUGCGACCGGGACCAGCUGCUGUGGCUGGCCCGCAAACACAAGAAUUACCUCACGAACAUUGAAAUAGAGGACGACCUAAUCAAAGAACUGCUCGACAAUGAUUAUUUCAUCAUGAUAGUCCCAACGCCCCUCUACUCCUCUGCCAUAAACUACAUCGUGGGCAGCGAGUCCACUGAACAAAACGCCGGCGUGUAUUCCAUACAGUGGGCCGUCUGCGAGCUGUGCAAACAUGGCUACACGGCCGAGGCCGGCCAGCUGCAGUUGAUGGCUAUGGGGGUGCCCGCGGCUUUGCGCGGAUUCACGCAGUCCGUUUUGUAUUGUAGGAAUUUGUUUAAGAAGUAAUGUGUAGGUUAAGGGAUAUAAGUUAUUGAAUUAUUAAAUGGUGCAAACAGUA